AUGGCCAAGCAGAGCCUUCCGGAUGCCUUGGAGCUGGGAUUUGUAGCCCUGAAGCCACGGGUCAGUGAUGGAAUGGCCGAGCUCGUGCUGCAGGCGGCAGACAAUCCCUUCACCGAGGAAGGUGUCACUCAGAUGACGGACUACAUCGAUGUCUUUCUGGAAUACAAGAUGGUCAAGAAGGGUUUCUCCAUUGUGUAUGACUUGCGGCUCCUGAGGGUCCCCUCCCUGACCUUGGUGAAGCAACUGGCUGAUUGGGGUCGGGAUCCAGUGCGACAACAGACCUUCCAGCGAUUGAACCGCACCUGCAAAGUGGUGGUGUCGGAGGGUUGGCGCAUGGGGGUGGCGAAACGCAUCCUGCGAGCGUUCUUUACCAUGUGCCCUCCGGUCUGUGUGGACACCCAGAGUGCCAGUGCAUUCCGGCUCACUGUGGGGAGUCCAGAGCUCCACAGGUAUUUUGCGCCACCGCAAGAAGCUGUGCGUGCUGCAGGUGUGAAUGAAGAUGAACAUGAAGAUGAAGGCCACAAUUUGCCGAGGGCCGCGAGAGGGCCACAAUCCAAGUUUCAUGGCAACGGCCUUGAGAAAGCUCCUGCGCCACGGUCUUAUUGGCUGCAGUUGGGAUCUGAGAAACUCGGCCGCUUGAAACGGCAGAACAGGUCGGCGAUUGACUUUUUGGGUCAGCCCAGCGGUCCGCACUUGGUCCAUGCAGCAAAUUACUGCGACGUGACGGGCGAAGGAUCGAAGGAUCGACGGCCGCCCAUUUGGCUUGAGAAAUCCGCAGCACUCCACGUGAUUCGGAAGGCGAGGUACGUCCCAGGUCGAGGACGUGGCGCCACCGGUUUCAUUGGCGGCGUGAGUCGAGACGAGGCUGAGAUCACCAAGGACAAUGGACGUGGUGAUGAAGGAGAUCCAUCAUACAUGGAGUACAACAGAGUGGAUCGAGAUGACGACAAAGCAGAUUUGGGAGACUCCAACUACGAUGAGUUCAGCGGAUACUCUGGGCCUGGCCGUUCAGCGGAUACUCUCGCCAUGGGGAAUGCGGGAACUCGCGACGCGGCCGCCCUGGGCCCUGGAAGCGGCCUGAGCUUCAGCCUCGACGGGACUGAGCUUCGGGAGGAGGCAGAUCCGUGGUAUGGAGUGCCUCACUAUUUGCGCUACAUCAAUGAGAGUGGGCAAUGUGCACGCGAAUGGGUCUUCUUGGAUGUGGGCAACAAGACCUUGACCAUCAGGGGCACGCGUCGGCGUAUCCCCUUCGAGUUGGCGCAGACGGGCCUUUGGUGCCGGGAUGUGUGCAUUCCAACGAUGGCAUGGACGACCAAAUUGUUGGAGCAUGUGCGUUCAUCCAGACGGCUUUGUGACUUUCUGGAGGCCGAGUGGCCCAACUUGGGACUGCCAAGGAACGCACAAAUUCUGGAGUUGGGCGCUCGUGACGGUUGGUUGGGCAUGACGCUGGCACGCAACCUUGUGGCUGUCUCAGGGCAAAGCUCGACCAUGGUUACCGAGCAAGAGGGCUACAGGAUCAAGUCCUUGAAGGAGAACGUGGCCUGCAAUCUGGCCAGAGGUUUGCCCUUAGAGAAAUUGGAACAGGCGGUCCUCAAUUGGAAACUCCAGGGCGGCUCCGGCGUUUCGGGCGUCUCGGGCGUCUCGGGUGUCUCCUCCAUCAAGACCGAUGGGAUGGAGGACGUGGAGGUCCCAAUCGUAGCAGAAGACUUUGACGUGAUGAUUGGAGCCGACUUGGUGGCUGACGAGUUGUCAUCACAACAUUUGGCGCAAGUCAUCCGCCAUUUCCUUUCGAAGAAUCAGGCUUUGCUGGUGCUUUUGGCCCAUCAGAUGCAGAAGUGCCCAGAGCACAAUGCCACGUUCUUUCAGGCCCUGAAGCAACACCAGCUGGAGCACCGUGUGGUGGCCUCUGAAAUCCCCAAGGAUCGGGAUGUGGAACACUCCAGCCGUGCUGUGGUAUAUCCUUACCAACUGCUGCGGCACAUCCAAACCGGUGUGUCUCUCUUCAGCAAUGCGGAGUACGAUGAGGAGGACAAGGAGGCGGAUGUGGUCUACGACAAGAUCGACGUGAAGAUGGACCAGCGUCGAUUGAAGCAACGUGAGAAGAAGAUGCGUGAGCAGAUUAAGGAGCUGCGAGCCGCCAAGCCCACGAUCCAGCAGCAGUUUGCGGACUUGAAGCGCGAACUGGCCACCGUGAGCAACGAGGAGUGGGAAGGCAUCCCAGAGGCCCAGGAGCACUUGAAGGUGAAGCAGAGGAAGUCUUCCAACUUCACCCCCACGCCGGACGCCUUACUGGCGGGCAUGGCCAGCGGCCGCGGUGUGAGCGGCUCCGCUACACCCAUGGGUGGUUCUGCUACCCCCAUGGGAGGCUUUGGAACUCCAAUGGGCAUGCGAACGCCCAUGGGAGGCAUGCGCUCCCCAAUGGGCCUGGGGGCCCUGACGAACCAAGCACGCUCGAGCUCGCUGAAGAUGACCUGGGUGAAAUUGAUGGAAUUUCAGGGUGAGCACCCUUGGAAGCCGAUGACGCCCCACAGCGUGGGCGGCUCCCUGAACGAGUUGGGCGAAGCUCGAGGGACGGUUCUCGCCGUGAAGUUGGACAGGACGGUCAUGGAUCCCAAAGGCUACUUGACGGACUUGAACGCUUUGCAGGCCAAUCACAUCAGUCAAGCUGCGCGGGUUCAGUCUGAUGCCGAUAUCAGUGACAUUAAGAAGGCUGUGCUAUGGUCCAAGUGGGAACUUCUCCAUGGGAACAUCGAAGUCAUGCUAACUGCUGCAAUUUGCUGCCGUGACCGGAGGUCGCAGGGAGCGCGGACGCUGUUGAAGAGUGUGAUCACCAGCAAUCCGAAGCACGGCCCCGGUGCGGACCCCCCGCGGGCCUUCUCUGUGGGCCCUCGCCUUCGCAGCUCCGGCUCUGGGGCGAACCGCGGUGAGGGUGCAGCUCCGAUCACGCCGCAGCAGUUGACAGGGAGACUGAAAGCGGCGGAGACCUCCAACCACGUGCUUUUUAUGGUAGAACAGUACGAGAAUGUUCUCAAUGAGUAUCACGUGCGCGCUGCGCUCACACGCCUGGCACAGUCCAACGGCACAGCGGCAUUAAGUGAAGAUCCUGGCUUCCGGAAGCUUCUGCAGAGGACCAGUGAGCUCGUCACGACCUUCAGGUCGCAAGCUUUGGCCACCGUGCUGUGGUCCUUGGCUCGGGUGGAAUACGACCCGGGCGAGGCCUUCUUGCGCUCCGUCAUUGAUGCUUCGCUGCCUCAGCUUCAACAGUCCAAGCCACAGGACCUGGUCAACAGCCUUUGGGCCUGUGCGCGUUUCGGGUACCAGCCCGGACCCAAGUUUCUAGAGGCCUUAGUGAAGACCUGUGCCAGUACCUUGGAGGAGUUUGAGCCAAUGGAUGUGGCCAAUCUCCUUUGGUCUUUUGCCAGGCUGAACUUCCAUCCGGGCGAGGCGUUUCUGGACGCCGUCAUCGCCCGAUCCCUGAAGAUGGUGGAGAGCUUUGUGCUGGUGGAUAUCGCGAACUUGCUGUGGGCCUUUGCGAAGCUGAACGUGUCUCGGGGCGAGGUCUUGAGGCCCUUGCUACAGCAGGCCGAAGCGCAAGUGGAUAGCUUCGAACCAGCCAAGUUGGCGAGCCUUUUGUGGUCCUGCAACAAGCUCCAGUUGGACCCGAGCCUCGCACUGCUGCGGGCCCUGCCCUUCCGCUCCAACCGCGAGUUGACCGAGCUGAGGCCACGCGGUUUAUCCUACGUCCUUUGGGUCUACGGCCUCCUGGGGCACAACCCAGGCACGGCCUUCCUUCGAAGGGUCAUGGAGAAGCUGAGCAGGACUGUGCCGGCCUUCAACUACUGUGGAGCACAAGGCCUCUCCGGUAUCCUCUGGUCCUGCGCGCGCUUCAACUACGACCCCGGCGAGGAGCAGGUGACUGCCUUGCUGUCCUCGGCGCAACGGCAGUUGCCAGAAUUUACUCCUGCGCAGUUGACACGGCUACUGUGGGAACUCGAGGUGCCGUGCUCGGACAUCACCUUGCGGGAACUCUGCUUCGAGCUCCAGAGAGUUUCAUCCGUGCCUUGGGAUGCAGUGUCCUUGAGCAGUGAAGGGCAACUCUUAGCUUCCCAGCGGCCUAUGGCGCAGCUGACGGCAUCCGAUCCACGGAUCGACGUGGUGCUGAAGGCCAUGCCGAGUGUUUUGGACGACGAGCAGUUUCAGAUCCUCUUGGAUCAACUGAAGCUUCCUGAGCUCACAUCGCUUCCAUUCUCCUUGGGACGGCUCCAGCAACUGACCUUGGGCUGCAGCGACCAAGCGCCACGCCUCACCGACGCGCGUGGCAAUGACAGUGAUGGCCUACUCUCAGCCAACGAGUUGGAGGCCUUAGCGGAAGCUGCAGCAGACCGCAGGCUGCCAAACUGCCGUAGCCUUGUCCUGCGGGGCGUGUUGGCGGCGCGACCCACGAUGAGCCCGAGAGAGCCGUCGCGCGGCGACAGCGACGCUCUGCUCCGCCUGCUUCGCGCCAUGCCACAGCUGGUGGAGCUGGAUCUGUCGGGAAACCUCCUGGGAUACGCACACAGCUGUGUGGAUGCUUUGCCAGACAUUUUUCUACAGCUUGAGCAUCUUACGAUGUUGAACCUCUCAGCCAAUGGUUUCUUUUCCUUCAAGGGUGGGGACGGAGCAGUGGCCCCACAUGUUAGACUCCUGCUGAGGGCUUUGCGUCACCUCUCAAAGUUGGAAGUCUUAGACUUGCAUCUCAACGACAAGGCGUUUAUCCGCGACAUGAGCAAGAUGGCACAAGGAUUGGCGAGUGAUGUGGCAGCUUUGACUACACUGCCAUGCUUGAAACGGCUGAUCUUUUUCGAGAACUAUGUGAAUUUGGACUUCGUCCGACGCAUGGAAGCGGAACGUCCUGAAGGCGUGGAGGUGGACUAUGGUCUGAAGUCUUUCGUCGCUGAAGCGUUCGAAGCUGCCCACUGUGCUUCCACGCCCACGGGCGGCGGCAUUUUCCGGCCGCCCUUGUUCGAUGUGCGGGACGCGUUGCGGGCACCGGUGGUUUUGCCAGCCUUUUUCUACAAGCUGGCAGCGGAGCUUCGAAGUAGCGGGCCGCUUCCAGGAGUGACUAGGUUGAACUUCCGCUCCGCAAACUGUCGCACUGCCUGGCCCGGCCUCAUUGAGCUGCUGCCCUUCUUCCCCAAUGCCACA